AUGACUGAGAAGCUGGACGACUCAGGGCAGUUUGAAGCUUUUUCGUUCAAGAAAAAGCCGCUUGUGAAAAACCUCAAUAAGUCCAGUAUUCACUCAGUAAUAUCAGAAAUAAUACCUCACUCAUCGAACAGACCAAUCUCGGUUGAUGGCGCUACAAAUAACCGAAAUAACAAUGAAAAUGAAGGAUAUAACAACAUCAACUAUGACGAGCAGAUAAGGGCACCAAGAAUGAGUAGCAUCACGCGGGGCUCAUUUAAGGAUCGGAAUACUGAUAAUGAGGAAUCAUUCGUGGCACGGACGCUGAGAAGGGAAACUGGAGGAUUAUGGAAUCUAAAGGAGGACAGGAUAGACGAAAUAUCGCAGGAUGACUCUUAUAUUCCUGCUAACUUUGAUUUAUCACAACCGAUCAGGAGGUGUUCGACACCGUUUGAGGUGGCCAGCGAUAUGCCAGAUAACACGAUAUUGAGCUACACCACUAAUAACUAUAUCUAUGAAAGGAACCGUAGUGUGUCAAGUUCGAAUUCGAAUUCGAAUAAUACGUCUAAUUCCAAUACCAACACAAAUUUGAAGAAUUUGAGUUCAGAUAUGCAGCUGCCAUCUCCAGACGAAGACUUGCAGCAAACGAGCUUGGUAAAUGCCUUGAACAACCUAAACAAUAAUUUGACAUCCCAGGAACGGAACGAUAACCUGAAGAUCAAUCGUAUAAAGCACCGUGCUCUGAUAUCUGCUAGUCAUUUAUCGGGAGUCGAGGGGACCGAUCUUCAACAAGUAUAUCGAUUGAAGAAACCUCUAUGUAUGCCAGCAGUAUUGAGACCACAAAGCCUGGCACCUAACUCGUCAUCACUGUCGCCAAAGGUGCCGUGCUCGGUCGAAACUUCUCCCAAAAAAAUGAACUAUUCGAUUUCGAUUGACUGUGAAGGUUCUUCUUCGGAAUAUGAAAGCCACCAACCAGCAGAUCCUACGCAUGAACAUUGGAAACCCAACAGCUUUACAUCACAUUGUAUGAAAUGUUUCGAGGCUUUUGGCAAUUUUUUUUCGCCUCAACGUAAAAGAAGACAUCAUUGCAGGUCCUGUGGUCAAAUUUUCUGCUCUGAGUGUCUAUGGCAAAAGAAUAUUGCGGACCAAGAUGAAGAAUAUAGACCAUCGGCAGCUCGUAAUAGUGGUGAGAUCAAGCAUGCGACAGUGCUAGAUGCAAACGCUCGAUUUGUCAUUCCCAUAUACACUAAUUUGAAGUCGAAUCCAAAGAUUCGCUCGCCUACAGACUUGUUUCGCAACUGCAAGGUUUGCAGAGACUGCGGUCACAACUAUCAGAUGCUUGUUACCAAUGUCAAUGCCAACUUGUCGAAUUUCCUAAGCGAAAACAAAAUCAAGAAUUUUAAGCUCCCAUUUAUUUUCAUUGAAAAUCCAUACAUCAGCAACAGUUCUGGUUCCAUACCACAUAAUAUCUUCCAACCUGACGAGACUUCUCAAGAUACCCCUAAAGAAGCCGCAAGUUCCUCCCAGACCGACUCUAAUUCCACGCAUCCCGACAUUGUUUCUCACAACGCCACCUCCGCCACUGCCGCAGGCACUAACAUAUCUUCGACUAACGAUGCGUCUGUGAUCAAUAAUGCAAUUAUCGAUAGCUCACUUGCGGAUACACAUAGAAAAUCGUCGGUUAUAAGUGUGCCGUCUGACUGGACCUGGAGCUCUUUUUAG